AUGAGAGCCCCAACCCCCCUUUUCGCAGGAAUUGUCGCUUCUUUCCUUUUCUUCGCCAAUAUUGCAUCCAGUGCUUCGCCGGAAAUCCUCAAAGAUGAGCCUCGGCAGUACGCCAAUGUCUCCCUCAACACAGAUACCCAGGGUUUCGCCUUCAGCGAUAACCAUAACCCAGACCUCAGUCUGGUGGCUCGCGAAUAUGUCUGUUCAGUCGGAUACAGUGAAUGCGCCUACAACUCCAUGAAAUGCUGUCCCAUUGGUAGCAGCUGCUGUGGAAAUGGAUACUGCGCCGACCCUGGUGAGACAUGCUGCUCGGUCGGUGGUACUUGUCGCAGUGGCUUCAAAUGCUGCGCUGGAACAGAUGGGUGUGCCCCCAUCGGUGGCGAGUGUUGCUCUGAUGGCACUUAUUGCCGUGCUGGCAAGGAGUGUCGAACAUUCCUUGGACGGAAGACCUGCUGUGCCCCGUCUGGAUGUAUCGGAGAGCAUGAUUCAGGUAGUGAUGACCUUGGAGUCACCGCUCCUACUUUGACAGAGACGGCUACUGCAACAGAGACGGAGACGGAGACUGCUACCAGUACCUCUUUCAAGACUUACUACUAUUACUUCUGGACAUCAUAUGCCCCAUACACCGCUCAGACAGUCACCUCCACCCGCACCACCACAACGACCGUCUGGUCUGUGCUUGCGACAAACAGUCUCGAGGCUGAUGUGGAACUGAUCUCUUCGUCGAGAGAUUACACUUUCUCGGCACCGUACUCGGCUACCUCUUUGAAGACCUCCUCAGAGCCUGUUACGACUUCGACUAGAUCGGCCGCUCCGUCUGCAACUUCAACUUCGUCUGUCGAUGAUGGUGAGGUCUCGGGCUCGGGCGAUCCGGGUAUGUUCCCUGAUAGUGCAGCUGGUACAGCUGGUUUGAGCUUCAGUGUUAGCACUACUGGGCUUAUCGCUGGUACACUCGCCGCUGCCAUUGGUGGCCUGGCAUUUGGGCUGUGA